CCUGGAGAAAGUACGGUCAAUCAGAGAGUUGCAAAGGCCAACAGACGUGAAACGGGUACAGAGACUAUUUGGGAUGGUCAACUAUCUUUCUCAGUUCUAUGACCACCUUUCAAAUGACUGAGAUUCUGAGACAACUCACAAGCAAGGAGAACAUGUGGGAAUGGACGAACAUCAAGGAAGGGGCGUUUCAAUGACUGAAAGACAAAAUCGCUAUAGCACCAGUCCUACAGUACUACAACAAGGAAUAGGAUGGACACUUCAGUGUGAUGCAUCAGACAUGGGACUGGGGGCCGCCCUGACACAGAAAGGUAAACCGGUAGCAUUUGGUAGUAGUGCACUCACACCAACUGAAAAGGGCUAUGCCCAAAUAGAGAAAGAGUGUUUGGCCAUAGUGUUUGGAAUUUAAAGGUUCCAUCAGUAUACUUAUGGUAGAGAGGUCACAGUACAAAGCGACCACAAGCCUCUAGAGAAUAUACACAGCAAGCCAUUACUCAGUGCACCUAAAAGACUGCAGAGAAGGCUACUCAGGCUGCAGCAGUAUGAUAUUCGUGUGACCUAUGUUCCAGGCAGGGAUAUGCUACUUGCUGACACGCUGAGUAGAGCAUACUUACCAUAGAGCACUAAGGGAGAGAGUGAGAGAGAUAUAGAGACUGUGAACGUAGUCAGCUACCUAUCCAUUGCAGCAGAGAGGUUGAGGGCCAUUGGGGCUGCAACAAAAGAUUACACAAAGUUACAGAGUGGGGCAAACAGAAUACUGUCAGGGUGGCCCAAGAGAAAAUAACUUACCAAGUGACAUCAGGCACUACCACACUUUCCAAGAUGAACUGAGUUUCCAGGACGGCAUAGUGUUCCGAGGAGACAGAGCCUUGAUACCUGACGCACUCAGGGUGGACAUCACUCACCGGAUCCACUCCUCUCACCUGGGAGUAGAAGGAUGUCGGAGGCGAGCGAGGGAGUUUGUAUACUGGCUGGGAAUGAACGAGGAGAUCAAGACCUUCAUCUCCAAAUGUGACAUAUGUAAGUCAGUGGACCCAAAGCAACAAAGAGAGACACUACACCCACAUAACAGGGCCAGCAGACCCUGGGCCAAGGGGAUUCCUGACAUUGUAAUCUCGGAUAACGGACCCCAGUUUGCAUCACAAGAGUUUCAGCACUUCAGGCAGAAGUGGGGCUUUGAACACAAGACAUCGUCGCGGGGAUACCGGCAGAGCAAUGGAAAGGCGGAGUCAGCGGUGAGGACAGCCAAGUGCCUGAUGCUGAAGGCUGCAGCAGCGAGACAGGAUCUGUACUUGGCCAUGCUGGAUCAUCGCAACACACCGAGCCAGGGUUUCAACACAUGCCCGGCACAAAGAAUCCUAAGCAGGAGGGCCAGGACCCUGCUUCCCAAAAAGGACACUCUGUUGAAGCCAGAGGUAACACACAAAGAACAGGAACUGGAAUACAACAGACAGAGACAGUUAAGUACUACAGCCGCACAGCAAAUGACAUGGACAUUCUGAAACGAGGGGACAGUGUGAGAGUACAGCCCUAUGACACACACAAGGGAUGGAGACCAGCGAAAGUGGUCCAACAGGUGAGCCAUAGACAGUGUUGGGGGUAACGCGUUAGAACUAACGCGUUAGAGUACUCUUAUUCGUUUUUUUCAGUAACGAGUAACCUAACGCGUUAGUUUUGCGAAUUCAGUAAUCAGUAACUCGUUAAUUUCCAAAAUAACCACUCGUUACUCCGUUACUUUAAGAUUUUCCCUCGAUAAGGAAAGUAAAG